CAAGCACGCGCUCGCGCGCCUGCGCUCCAGUCCGGACCCGAGCUCGAGCACGGCUGGGAGGGAUAGGUCCGGUCGACCGUGGCUGGAGCUCGAGACGCGCAGUCGGAGCUCUGUGAGGGGGCUGCGAGGACGGUGCGCAUGCCACUUUCAGCGCUGAAUGUCUGGCGCGCUUGCGUCACGUUGUCCCUCCUCCGGAUGACACUCGCUCAAGAGAGGCGGUCGAACGGAGCGCUGGAUGACCUGGAGAAGCUUGACGACUUGUUAAGAACCUAUGACCGGCGUGCGCUUCCAACGACACAUCUGGGAACGCCAACGAAAGUCGCCUGCGAAAUCUACAUACGGAGCUUCGGGUCCAUAAAUCCUGCCACAAUGGACUACGAGGUUGAUCUUUAUUUGCGGCAGACUUGGCAAGAUGAUCGCUUGACGAGCCCCAACGUAUCGAGGCCCCUGGACCUCAAUGAUCCAAAGCUGGUGCAAAGAAUAUGGAAACCAGAAGUAUUCUUCGCAAAUGCAAAACACGCAGAGUUCCAAUAUGUCACCGUACCUAAUGUACUGGUCCGUGUUAACCCAAACGGAAAGAUCCUGUACAUGCUCAGGCUCAAGCUAAGGUUCGCAUGUAUGAUGGAUUUAUAUCGCUUUCCCAUGGACUCCCAAGUUUGCAGUAUCGAACUCGCCUCAUUCUCGAAAACAACCGAAGAACUGCACCUGGAGUGGUCUGAAUCCAAUCCGAUAAUACUAUUUGAAGGCCUCAAGCUACCACAGUUUGAGAUUCAAAAUAUAAAUACGUCAAUCUGCAUGGAGAAAUUUCACAUUGGGGAGUACAGCUGCCUGAAGGCCGACUUCCACUUGCAGCGGUCACUGGGCUUUCACAUGGUGCAGUCGUAUCUGCCUACAGUGCUCAUAGUGGUCAUCUCGUGGGUCUCCUUCUGGCUCGACGUUGAGUCCAUUCCGGCGCGAACCACACUGGGCGUCACGACGCUGCUCACCAUUUCUUCCAAGGGCUCCGGCAUACAGUCCAACUUGCCUCCGGUCUCAUACGUGAAGGCAAUCGAUGUGUGGAUGGGAGCCUGUACGGGCUUCGUGUUCUCGGCGCUACUCGAGUUCACCGUUGUCAGCUGCCUGGCCAGGAUACAGGCACGAGACAAGGAGUCAAGUAUGGUUACAACAAAGCACGGAGUGGCGAUUGUCAACGCUGUUCCAGAAAAUCAGGCGUCGGUGCCAUGCACUGUCCGGGCGAAAACUAUUGACCAGGUCUGCCGUGUAGCGUUUCCGGCCAUCUUCCUCGUCUUUAACGCCAUUUACUGGCCGUACUUUAUGUGCUUUACAGGGUAGAACAUCACCGAAUAAAGUGUCGAGAUGCUCAUUGUAACGUAUUUACACUGGCGUCAAAGGUAGGUAAUGGGAGCGCUCGUUAAAUUAACCAGUAUAGCGCCCACAGAUAAUGACGCACACUAGUUUAGAGCAGCCAGUCAUGUCUCCUUUACUACUAUCGAGUUCGGAAUAAGUCAUGAGCUCAUUUCCCUCUGUAGCUUCUGUCGAUUAUUUCAGGUAAGGCUAGGUUGGUGCCUCGAACUUUUUAGCGCAGGGCAAACUCAGUGGGGAUGCUUAGGUACGUGCAGUGAAAGUGGCGCUCAAUAAUUUUAUUUGGAGGAGUAAUGAACGCGGCACUGAUGGCGGAUAAACUUGAUGGCGUUGAGGUGAGGGUGUGCAUUGAUGACUGCAAAAUAUACACCGAUCUUUAUUGUGAAAUAUGUCGCGCUGUUGCUUUUCUCUGAUGGAGCAACAAUAGAAUAUAAACAACAAGAAGCAGAUUCUUAAAACGCAACCUAAAUUAUCACCGUCAUGUAAAAGUGUCUGAUUUAAACGUUACGGUUGUGUUGCAUCACGGGCGGUGACAUACAAGUUUAAGCUCUUCAAAAGGAAAGACAAGUUCUAUUUACAUUUUGUUAAUGGGGGCAUCGUCGUUUUUAAGCCUGGUUUUACAUUAACAAUGACGACUUUCACUGUUUGAAGACAGAUUUUAUUUAACCUUAGUAUAUUGUUAUGUAAAGUGUAUAAAAAAUUUGAAAAGAACAACGUCAAGGCUUUCAAUACCAGCCAUUUCACUUCAGCAAAGCAUGUGUGCUGUAACAUCCGAAAGUAUAAUUUAUUUCUGAUAAAUAUAACCUCGCGUUCAUUUACCUUAGCCUUGUGGCUACAAUUGACAGUCUCAACUAAACUGCGUAUUCCAUGUUAUCGCUUAGUGGUUUUACAAUAUUAGUUAAGCUCAGCUGUUCCUAGUAUUAAGGAAUAAGCUAUGCUAGAAAUAAAGUUGACCAUUACCGAAGUGCCAGCGAAGAUUUGUGAGAUGGACUUUGUAUAUGUGGGUGUUUUGUCCAAACCCUGACACUAACUUUUUCGAGGCAAUGAACCGAGACUUCCGAAAACGUGAACAUUUUAUUUUUUUGUGCGUUCACCACGGGCCGUAGACAUCACUGAACUUGUUCAAGCUGUCUGCGUGAACACUUUUGUUAUUGAUGGCAACUUGGAAAUCUGUUAACAUAUGUUAUGUUACGUGAUCAUGUGUCGAUGGCUGUACAUUUUGAACCUCGCUUUAACUUGGUAAGUCUAAAAAUAAAGUCAUUUAAUUUCUGAGGAGCCUCAGUUUUAAUCAGUAGAGAUCAAAACAAUUCGUUGCUGGGCACAAAAUGCAAGAGCUCAUCAUAUUUCAUGCAAUUUCAUUUGAUGCAGCGAUGUUUCUGAUGAAUUAUUCUUUCUGUCUGUGCUGCAAUCAGAGUAAUUCAACUAGGCCUGACAAACUUGCGUUUUCCUAUGGCACUACCGUCAUUCAAACACUCCGCACUAAAUCUUGCGGAAAAUCGCGACUAUAAUUUGCAAGUCUUAGAAUGAAUUUCCACAUUAUGAAAGAAACAAACACGAUAUACGAGUAUGUCUAACUUUAUUUACUGGAUUGCGGUCCAUUAUUGUUUUACUAGAGAGUGAUGGGUGAUAUCAGAAUUGUCAGAAUAGUGUAUUCUCUUAAAGUAACUUCAUAUGGUGUGAUAUUUUACCUUAAUCUCAGUUUGGCAGAACCUGUAUUUAUUUCCUUUGAAAUGACACAUUCUUGAAAAGAAAAGACAACGGUCACUUUAGUUUCGUUGCAGCCCUUCCUGCCACUGUUAGAAGAAAUGCAUUUGUAUGUUUCUUGAUUGGUCACCGCGUCCUGAAGCUUCUCCGUGCUGAAGCUUAAGUGAGUCUAUGCUGUUCAACACCAUUGUAUAUUUUUGUAAUAAAAUAGUUGAUAAAAUG